UCUCUCUCACACAAGUGCACGAUCGUCGAAGCGAAAUGUUUGACAGCAAAAUUUUGCAAAAUUGUAUCCCUGCAUGUGAACGUUUAAAUAAGAAGGCAUAUUUGUCAUUAUUUAUCCUGUGUAAAUACUGAUACUCGUGCUAUUUGUAGGUACCAUGAAGAUUUUUCAGUGUACUUUACAAGGCUGUGAGGGGUCAUUUAAGAAGAAAUGGCAACUACGCGAACAUCUCGCAAAACACGAUGGUAAAAGAGAGUUUAUAUGCACCCAUGAAGGCUGUACCAAGAACUACACACGGCAAGGCCACCUUCAAAGACACUUGUCAACACAUUCCGACAAGAAAGAUUUUGUGUGUAUGGAGGAUGGCUGUAACAAAACAUUCAGCAUAGUUGAUACUCUAAAGAAACACAUCCGCAGAAUCCAUCGCGAGAGAGUAUUUAAGUGCAAUCAUGAAGGAUGUGAGAAAACCUUUAAGAAGCGUCAGCAUCUCACAGUGCACAGCUACCUUCACACCAACAUCAAACCAUUCAGAUGUGAACAUGAAGGUUGUGAGGCCAGUUUCGUGCUUCCCAGCAAGUUAAAAAGCCAUAUGAAAAUACACAAAGGUUACACAUGUGACAAGGAAGGUUGUAAUAUUCACUUUACUACAUGGAGUGGGCUGCGGAAACAUCUCUCUGUUGAGCAUAUGACAGAAUUUAAGUGUGAAACAUGUGGGAAGGUCUACUACAAGAAGCACAAGCUUCGUGCCCAUGUAAAAUCCCAUGAGCAGAUUAAGGAAGUUCUGACCUGUCCGAGAGAGAACUGUGACCGAUCAUACCUCAAGGCUUCAUAUCUGGAGCUUCACAUCAGGAACUACCACGACGGUGAACGACCCUAUGCCUGCGAUCACCCCGGCUGUAGUAAAACAUUCAUUCAUAAAUGCUCACUGUCUAAACAUCAAGUGGUGCAUAAUGCCGACUACAAACGCCCACCACCCAAGCCCCGGAAGAAGAGAGGUCUGGCCUCAAAACUCUCCUGCUUCCCAGAUUCAGCCACACUAACAAGGCCAAGACAAACUAAAUACAAAAUUGAAUCUCACAAAGAUGAUGGUGGAACUACAGAUGAAAAACCUACCCAAGACACUGAGAUUAAAGCCAAAAACACUGAGAUGUCUGCCCAAAUCACAGAAAUGUCUACCAAAAAAACGCCUGCCAAAAACACGCCUGCCAAAAACACAGAGAUGUUUGCCCAAGACACUAAGAUGUGUACCCAAGACACUGAGAUGUCUAGCUCUUCUCAACACACUGAACUGAUUGCCCAAUACAUUGAGACGUCUACCCAAGACACUGAGACCUCUGCCCAAAACACUGAGACGUCGACCCAGAACACAGAAACAUCUGCCAAAAACACAGAGACGUUUGCCCAAGACACUGAGAUAUCUACCGAAGACACUGAGAUGACUGCCCAACACAUUGAGAGAUCUGCCCAACUCACUGAGAUGGCUUCCCAAAACACUUGGACCUCCGCCCAAAACACAGAGACGUCUGCCAAAUACACGCCUACCAAAAACACAGAAACGUCUGCCCAAGAAAUUGAGAUUUCUACCCAAGACACUGAGAUGUCUACCCAAAAUACUGUGACAUCUGCCCAGAACACUGAGACAUCUACUGAAGACACCGUUCAAGAAGACAUGGAGACAUCGCCGAUUGAUGAGAGGCAGGCGAUUCUGAACGAUGAAGACGAAGAGACACUUGGUAAUGAGAUGGACACGUCUUCAACUGGGAAUGAUGUUGAACAUUCUUCAAAGGAGCAGAACCAAUGAGGGUAUAAUCCCUCAACACAAAAGGGUCUUUGGUUUAGACGGAGCCUUACAAAAUUUGUUAUGACAUCAGAAUCCUGCCACACAGUGCAUUUCAGAAUUGUUCAGGAUUUUCUAGGAUUCCUCACCCCUUGUCAAGCAAGUUUGGUUCGGCAGAGUGGUACUAAAUCCAUCAAACCUAAGUGAAAUAAAAACCGGGAUUAUUUCGAAAAAAAAAGAGUGAACGAGAUCAAUGAGUGAUGCAAAGAAAACCAAAUAGGACGAGUACAUCUCAACGUUAAGAUCAGGGUUGUAGCUAGACCAAUUUUAAUGGUGGGCUAUAUAAUUAAAAUUUGUUCGAAGUCUACCAAGGGCGAGCGGAUCAACAAAAUUAUUCAUGUUUUUUUUUAACUAU